ACGUGGCUCUCAUCCUCCAGCGUAGCCUGAGGUGGUGAGGGGCAAUGCCGGCGGCCGUGGACACAGGCCAGGAGGCUGGCCUGAGCAAUACCGGUGACAAGGACAGGGACCUGCAGGUGCUGUUCCAGGAACUCUGCCAACUCCAGGCAAAACAGAGGAAGCUGAAGAGAGAGGUGGAGAAGCAUAAGGUUUUUGAAGACUAUCUGAUCAAGGUCCUUGAGAAAAUCCCCAAGGGUACGUAUAGGUGGGAGGCCACGGUGGAGGCCAUGGUGGAGGCCAUGGUGGAGCACUAUGGGAAGCUCUUCACAGUCAAGCAGGACAACCAGAAGCGUCUGGAGGCCUUCUUCAAGAUGAGCCAGGCCGUCCACCAAAGCCUGGAGGGACUCUUAGAGGGAGGCCAUAGGGCUCUUAUCCUGAGCCUCAAGAUCCGGCUGUGCCAGCUGCAGAAGAAGUGUCACCGCAAGCAGGAGCAGUGGCGGCAGUUGGAACAUGGUGUCACCUACCAGAAAGACACAGGCAGGAAUUCUGGGAGGGGCCCGAGCCUGCAGAACCAACUGCUCAACUGCAUGCAAACGGCCAUCCACAGCACGGCCCAGCAGCGCUGCGCCUCUGCCCACGGCGUGCCCAAGGGCGCGGGUCUCUUCUCCAAGCUCGACCUCAUCCGGGAAUUUAUGUUGGACAAAAUGGAGACUGUGAGAUUCAUCUCACUGCUCACGGGACCCAGAGUGUGCUGGACAGCAGACAACCCCAAGGACCGGGGCCUCAGAAGUUACCCCAGACCAUUCAGGAAACAUUCAAAGAGUCAAGAUUCGAUCCCCAGGACCCCCUUUCCUAGCACCCAGACUUCAGAGUGCUCCAGCCUGUACUGA